CAAAUAUAUUUCCCCAAAACCCUUUCUUCUUCCUAAAACCCUUAUUCUCUUUCUCUCUACAAAAAUGGCUUCUUUCAACAACAACGGCAGCAACAUAGACAACCUUCUCCUCCAAACCCUCAUGGGCAGACUCCGUAUUCGACCACCCAAUAACCCUUUAUUCUCCCUCUCUCAAUCCCAAUCCCAAUCCCAAUCCCAAUCCCUCGAAGACCUUCUCUUCGACUCCGCCAAUUUCUCCGACGAAGAUUACGAAGAUGACGACAGUUCCAAAACCCAGCUCGCCAAAGAAGAAUCCAAGCUCGAGAAGGAGAUAAUUCGCCUCAUCCUAACCGGAAAGACAGACCAACUCAAGCCUAAUUCUGGCCAGGCUGUCACCAUCGCUGAAAAUCACGUCUGUGUUGGGUUUCAUCAGGAGCAGGAUUCUGAAUAUAGGGUUUGGGAGUGGCAUGGUCAUAUCAUGCUUUUUGAUGAAGAUAAUGGGUAUACUCCUGAGUAUAUAUAUGGGAAUUACUUUGAGAGAGUUCAGGGGAAGAGUAAGAGAAAGGAAGAGGAAGAAGAAGAAGAAGAAGAAGAAGAAGAGGUGGUGGUGGUCGAAGAGGAGAAAGUUGUGAAUUUGGGGCUUAGGGAAUUAAUCGAUGAUGGUGGGGUUGGUCAGGGUCGAAUUCUACAUCGGAAUAUGAAUGCUGAUUCUUCAAGAGUUUAGUUCAGAGGACUGGAGAGGAGUGAGUGUUGGUAGCUUCAGUUUUCGAAAGGAGCUUUUCAGUAGUUUCAUAUGAGUGGAAAUGUGGAACUUCAUCUCAUCUCAGCUCAUGUAAUGAUGCACACUUUGGGGCCAAGUUGUUUGGUCAUAAUAUUUUCACAUUAAAAGUUGCUAUAUGUUAAAGCCAUUUGUUUCUCUUCCAUUGAUUGUUACAAAGCUAAGAAACUUUAAACAAAAGUUGCAUAAAUGAACUUUGAAUAAAAGGGUUUGACUAUACAA